AUGGCUUCAAAUCUAGAUCCCAAAGCCGCACCCGCCCCCGCAGAUACUCCCUCCUUCAGAUCAGGCUCGCCAACACCCGAAGACUUAACAACACUGGGACAUCCCCACAUCCUCCGCCGCCUCCCAGACAGUGAUCUCUCCAUCGUAAUUCACAGCCUCGGUGGCUCGCGUAACGUGGAGAGCCAAGUGCCCGUUCAUCCAACCUCAUGGCUCUACCCACCCAAGGGUCUCCCGCCUGGACUCUACAGAGAAGUCGUUACUGCUAGAACUGGCGCGAUGCAAAUGUACUACGCCUUCUCUUUCUUCUUCAACACAAGUCUCGUCAUCCAGCUAGUUCUUGGUGCUCUCCUCACCGCUCUUGGUUCUCGAGCGACUGGCAAAGAUGUCCUGAUUACCGUUCUUGCUGCGGGGAACACCGUCGUCGCAGGAUUGCUGGCUUUGAUGCAUAACUCGGGACUCCCUGAUCGAUAUCAGAAGGAUUGGGAAGAGUUUGAUAAGGUGGAAGCGUAUAUGAGGGAGCUGAUGGACACGGGAAUUACGCUCAGGGAUAUGACUAGGGAUGAAUGUAUUGAGGUUUGCUUUGCGAACUUCAGAAAGGCGAAGGAUACUAUUGCUAGGAACUCACCGUCUGCUUAUUCGCCUACUGAAGGGGGAGCCCAGCCGAUUGGUCAAAGUGGUCCUGUGCGUUUACAGUAA